AUGCAGGUUAUCACCGCAGAGAGACCUUGGGCCCGCCGUACGCCCUCCACUAAUCUUUCACGAGAUGUCGGCUACCAGCCACACACGGGCAAGUUCGGUAUCAUAACUGGUGGUUCAAGAGGUAUCGGUGAGGCCAUUUCGAAGAAUCUCGCCUCAAAGGGAUGCUCCCUGCUCCUCAUUUAUACCUCUGAUUCGUCUGCGGAGCCCACACAGCGACUGUGCGAGGAGCUUCAAAGCACGUACGGCUCAGUGUGCAUACCGCUGCAGGCCGAUCUUUCGGACCCGACUCGAAGCGCGCCCUACAUUGUCGACGUUGCAAAAAGCAAGUUUGCGCAUCCUCGCUCAGGUGAAUUUCAGAUCGACAUCCUGAUCAACAACGCCGGCAUUGCUGGCAACAAGACUCUCAACGACCCGCAAGCAGGGCCGAUAGAGAUCACACAGUUUGACAAGCAGUAUCACGUCAACGUGCUGGCACCACUAUUACUUACACAAGCUUGCGAGCCGUACCUACCGAAAGACCGCUCGGGUCGGAUUGUCAAUGUCUCGAGUGUUUCGUCUUCCAUCGGUUGCGAAGGACAAUCGAUCUAUGCAGGCACAAAGGCCGCGGUGGAGGCAAUGACGAGGGUAUGGGCGCGAGAAUUGGCCGAGAGAUGUACCGUCAACUGCAUCAACCCUGGCCCAGUCUGGGGCGACAUGUAUGCGCAAGCCGGCAAGGAAUUCUGGGAUAUCAACCAGAAAUACGUUGACGGCGCCCCUCUGAUGGCUUACAACGGUGAGGAACACAUCAAGGCACGCGCCGGCGGCAAUCCAGAAGAGUAUCACAAGACUGUCACAGAGGGUAUGGGUUCAAAGAGGCCUGGCUUCACGGACGAGGUUGCUGGUGUAGUAGGCAUGCUCUGCUCCGAGGAGAGUGGGUGGACCACAGGCUCGGUGAUUUGUGCAAACGGAGGCAUGAAGAUGUCGAUAGCGUAA